CUCCUGACUACCCCCCAGGCAUGGCUUCAGCCAAGCCAUACAUUGGCUGUAAAAUAGGGUUAAUUUCCAAAGCCCAAAAUCGUUAUGAAGGGAUUUUGUACACAAUUGAUAAAAUAAACUCCACAGUAGUACUGGCUAAAGUCAAGUGUUUUGGAACUGAGGGACGACCUACUGACAGACCAACACCACCCAGAGAGGACGUGUAUGAGUACAUCACUUUCAGGGGAAGUGAUAUCAAGGAUAUCACACUGUGUGAAACUCCAAGAUCUCACCAUGGCCUCCCCCCAGAUCCUGCAAUUAUACAGUCUUCUAGUGCAGUGCCUUCAGGGAUCUACCCAGCUCCUGGUCCGUUUAGCCCACUUAGAAUGCCUGCCUAUAACCAGCUUGCUGCCGGCUCUCUUCUUAAUCAGCAGUAUGCUGCAGCUCUUGGCCUUGGACCUAUCCUUCCAGGCUUGCAUGUUAGAAGGGGCCCCAUGGUGGAAAAGGCUGUUCAAACCCUCCAUGUGGACAGAUUUCCACAGAGAAGAGACCUGAUGGCCUCCCAGGAGGAGAGCUGGGACAGGAGGAGGCCUCAGAGGACUAGAGUAGAGAUUCCCCAGACCAGAAGGUUCACUGGAUCCACUAUGAAGCCAGCCCCAGCUGUGACCGCUUCUCGGCAGGAAACUCGGCAGCAGAAUUACGAAAACCGGCCACCACUCAGAAGAGCACAAGGACCUCGAAGGCGCAGGAACCGCGGCAGAGGUCAGCUGAUGGUGACUAGUCUUCCAUCCCCGACUCUUAAGUUUGACACAGACUUUGACUUUGAUUCCUCAAAUGCACAGUUUAUUAAGGAGGAGAGGGAGCUGCAGGAAAGGAUGAAUAUGAAAGAUGGAAAUUAUGAAGUAAAAGAGGGACUGCCUUCAACUGCAGAGGAUGAUCACUUUGUACCAAAAUGCUACUAUGACAAAGCCAAGUCUUUCUUUGAUAACUUCUCAUCUGAUAAUAAUUUCAGACUAUCAUGGGCUGAGGAGAGGAAACGCAAUCUGGAGACGUUUGGGGUCCCUGGACGGUUUCUCAGGGGCCAGGGCUUCAGAGGUGGAUAUAAUGGACGAAGAGGACGGGCGACUGAUCAGAUGCCUCCUUCUUACAGACCCAGGAGUGGACAGAUAAUCAUUUAACACCUUUAAACCUCCUGUGAUUCUUAUGGGAUCAUUAACCAUUACAAUGAUCGGCAGAAGUGACUUUGUUUUUGAUUUAUAUUUUCCCUCCCUGUGGAAGUUACAUUUCUGCCAUAUUGCCAGCACCAUAUAUUUUCCUUUUUGUCAUUUGACUUAGUUUUGAAUGUGGCCAAAAGUUACUCAAAGGGUUUCUUUUUUUGUUUGUUUGUUUUGUUUUUUUUAUUCAUGAAAUUAACAUAAGUUUGCUUUUCUUGUUUUGCGACAUAAGGAUUUUCACUCCUAAAAUAUGUUUGUUUCAUGUGUAAAAUCUGGCUUUUCCCAUUGGGAGUAUUACUCUUAUUUGUACGUUUAAUGAACACAAAUAACAUGAAAUAAAAUAUGAAUGUAUUUAAA